AAUAUUCUAAUUCUAUGUUCUAAGGAUGACAAUAUUAAAAAAAGGUUAUUUUGGAAAAAAAGAUUAAAUUUGAAAAAUUUAACGUCUUGGAUAUGAAAUGAAGGGAAUUCCACCAGAAAAAUACGAAGCCUGUCAGGCUUUAAUGGAAAAUUAUCGUGUAUGUUUAAAAGAUAAUCCUUUUUUGAAAUUUCUUUCACAAUGUAAUAAAGCUCGCACUGCCUUUGCAGAAUGUAAUAAAGAAUUAUAUGAAAUGGAAAGGGCCCUCAAGGUUGAAAACAAUGAACGACUGAGAGAAGAAAGAUUGGCUAGAAUUAAGAAAAAGUCAAGUGAAAAUCAGUUGGGAUAAUGAUGAGUUGUAAAUGUUUUCUAUGUAUAUAAAUAUAAAUUAUUCAAUUGAAAUUUGUGCUUUCUAUCAAUGUCAAACUUGACAAUAAUAUAACUAUGGGAAAUUUUCUCAAAAAGAGAAAAGAAAAUCUCACUUCGGUUGACGAAAAAAGAUCCGUUCAAAAGGGAAUGAGUUUUUACAAACCUGGUACAAGCAUUAUUCCUCUUUCUAUUUCCUCGUUGGAUGAAAUCAUGAGAGACGAUCUUGGCUCAUUAGUAACUACUUCCUCAUGCACAAGACCAUCAAUUUUCAAUUCUAAUGAAUCUGAUGAAGCGUCAUCAAGUAAAGAGGUCGAAGAGGAAGUGGAUGAUAUUAUUACUCCUCAACAAAUGGAGUAUCUUUAUGAACAGUAUAAAGCUAUGAAUCCACAAAAUUUCGAAGGAAUUUUUAUGCAGUUUGAGACUUUAAAAGUGGUCAAACACCUUUUUGAUAUGUGGCAAACGGACUUGAUAUAUAAAUUCGAUAACUAUCAUGCUUACAUGAAAACUGAUGUAAAUCUCAUCAAGAAGUAUUCUGAAUAUACAAAAGCUGGAUUAGAAUCAAAUAUUGAACAAAUGUUUCUUAAACAUUCAAUCAAGAUGAUCAUAACUUACAAAAUGAUAUUGGAUCAUCUUGAAACCAGUAACGCCAAUGAAUUAAUUCAACAAUUAGCUAUAAGUCAUGGUUUACUUGGUAUAAGAGGCGCUGAUUUUAAGGAUAUGGAUAUCCAUCUUACAAAAUAUCUGCUGCAAAGAAAUUUAAUAAAUGAUGAAAGUAUAAUUUCUCUAGUUGCUUUUUUGUCCUCAAUUUCUGAUGAAACAAAGAAGGUCCUUUACGAAAGAAGAAAUAAGGCAAGAACCUCAUUUAUUUCAAACAUGGAGUUAGUUGGGAGACCGAAUGUAACUAGAGAUAAUUACAGAUGCAUGAAGAAAUGGUCGCAUGUCGUUUCUAUAAUCGAUACGAAGGCCAACCAAAUACAAAAACAAAUUAAACUUCAUAUGCCAGAGGAAAAACUAGAGGAUGAUUCAGUUACAGUAGAUACGGAAAUAUUGAAGGAAAAAGAUUUCAUCAUGAAGAAGCUGAAAUUUGUGGGAAAAAAAUAGAAAAAAAAUAUUGAACAUAUAUUGACGAGUUAUAAAAAAAAAUCACAUUUGAUAAAAUAUCAUAAAAAAUAAAAAACAUAUUUUAACUAUCA